AUGUUUGACUUCGAUGCGCUGGAUGUGCUGGAUUCACCAAAGUGGGAGACUCGCCUGGGGCGCUCUUUCGCAGUAAUGCCCGACGGCGUGGGAAUUCGCUAUGAGGUGCUCGGCUCUGGUCCUUGCGUGGUGCUCAUUCCAGGUGGUCAGAGCGGCGUUUGCGAGUGCCAGCAGUUCCCCUUGCUCCGCAGGCUUCUACCCGCCAACGGGUUCCGAGUGCUUUUGCACGACCGCCGCAACUGCGGUGGCAGCGAUCUGGGCGGGGACGGGUGCGAGGCGGAAGAGCAAGUGGAGGAUUUGAGGCGUCUUUUGGUUUGGCUGAAGCUGAGCCCCGCGGUCAUCGUGGGCAACUCCUCUGGCGGGCGCCUGGGAUUGCUGCUGGCGCGGAGGACAGGGGAGGAAGCAUAG